AUGACUGAAUUAGGACCACGAAGUGAAGAAAAUUCGAUCGAUGAAAAAAAUAUUCCGGGUACCGUACACUUAGUUGAUGUUGAAGGGUGUUUGGACGUUAAGAAAGACAAAAACUCAGGAAAUAUAAUUCUUCAACCGCAACCAUCAAGUAAUCCAAAUGAUCCCCUCAGAUGGAGUAAGUCUAAGAAGCGUCAACAAUUUUGGUUAUUAUGGAUCUGGUCAUUCAUCCUUGCAGUUGCAGUCAACUUCUGGGGACCAUUAUUUGGUGUGUGGGUGGUUGAAUUAAACUGUAAUUUGACAGAGCUAAAUAUUUUUGCUGCAAUUUUGUUUUUAUUUUUAGGCAUAGGCUGUGUCUUCUUGCAGCCAACGGCAAUGAAAUUAGGAAGAAGGUUUGUAUAUUUAACUUGUACAAUAAUUAUGAUAGUAGCGAAUAUAAUCGGGUCACAAGCAAAAUCAAUUCAAGUUCUAUACAUAACGAAUAUCUUAGCUGGGUUCGCUGGCGCUCCAAUCGAUUCUUUAGUUGAAAUAUCCACUACGGAUGUAUUUUUCCAACAUGAACGUGCAGAGUACCUAUCAUGGUUUAUUUUUGUUCUAUAUGCAGGUUCAGACUUGGGUCCAGUUGCAAGUGGAUUUAUUGUUGAAGCCAUGAAUUGGAGGUGGUGCUAUUACUUUCUAAUAAUUUUUUCUUCUGUAUUAUUCAUUAUUCAAAUAUUCUUUAUGGAAGACACCACCUUUGAAAGAUUAGAUAAUGAUUUAGAAACUGACAUAUUAUCCCAGAUAAAAUCCAGAGAGACCUUUCUUUCAAGAGGAGGCCUUGCUGAAAUGCCAGCAGAAGUUAGCAGUAAACAUAACUAUCUUCCUUUCAUUCAAGAUGUCAGCGCUAGCAUAAAAGAUUAUUCAGAUUCUAUCGAUCAUUACAUUCCAUUAAGAACUUAUUGGCAGAGAAUAAAACUUUUUGAGCUUGAAUAUAAUGAUUCAAGACCAUGGAUAAUAAUAUUUUAUAAACCUUUUUUUCUAAUUUCGUUCCCAGCAAUUAUAUGGAGUGGAAUAAUUUAUGGAUGUCAGAUGAUGUGGCUAUCUUUAUUAGGGACAACUCAAUCACAAAUCUAUUCAAGCUUUCCCUAUAAUUUUUCCGCUUCUAGUGUAGGUUUAACAAAUUUGGGAGCGUUUGUUGGUUCAAUUGCUGGCAUGUUCUAUGGCGGAAAGUUUGUAGAUUAUGUCACUAUUAGAUUGGCAUUAAAAAAUAAUGGUAUUUUAGAACCAGAAUUCAGAUUAUGGACUAUGGCAUUACCUACAAUAUUCAAUGCAGCUGGUCUUCUUGCAUAUGGUUUAGGAUCAUAUUAUCAGGCACACUGGACGAUAUCUGUAAUCCUAGGCCAAGGGUUAAUUGGAUUUGCCAUGAGCUCAUCAGGAGCUAUUUGUAUGACAUAUUCCAUUGAUAGCUACCCCAAGUUGGCUAGUGAAAGUUUAGUAUUGAUGUUGUUUAUUAGAAAUUGUAUCGGUUGUGGUUUUACUUUUGCGAUUCAACCAUGGUUGGAUCGAUGCGGACUAAGUCUCACUACAUGGUUGAUGUUCAUCCUUUCUUUAGUUGUAAAUGGUAGUUUUAUUAUCAUGAUAAAAUGGGGGAAGGAUUUCAGAAGAUUAACAUCGGAUAGAUAUUAUGGAUAUUCGAGACAGUAA